UAUGGUGGCGCCCUUCCACCGGCACCACACACGUGGAGAACACUUUAAAAAUGGCUGCGCACAGGUGUUCGUCGUUUGCUCAGCAACAACUUGAAAAGCACGGCUGGAAGAGCGGUCAAGGUCUUGGGAAAAAAGAGUCCGGAAUCAGCGAAGCCAUCAAGGUCAAGAUAAAGCAGGAUACUGCCGGGGUUGGUCAUGAUGCAGGCGAGCAGUUUACCUACCACUGGUGGGACCAUGUCUUCAACAAAGCAGCCAGCAACAUUGUCGUUGAGACCGACCAGGACGGCGUGAAGCUCUCUAGAAAAACGACCACGCAGGGCCCAAUCAGCAACAAGAAGCAGUCCAGUGACCGGGGCAAGAAACCGUUGCUGUACGGCAACUUUGUCAAAAGUGCCACCCUGACAACAGAGGGCUUGCAGCAGGACAACCAGGACGCAUCAUCCUCCUCCUCAGAUGAAGACAGUGACGGUGACAACUUGGAGUCAACAAACAUUGACGAGAGAUUCUUCAAGGCCUGUGGAGGCCGAACCGCUCACAAGGGUGCGAGGCAUGGUCUGACUCUGUCCGGGAAGCUGAAACGCAUUCAGGCUCAGGAGGAGGGUCAUAAUCUGCCCCGCCCACCUAAGGGAAACAGCGAUGUGCAUGGAUCAUCACCGUCACAUGAGGGCGCUUCAGAAGAAGGGCGGAAAAAGAAACGGCGGAAGAAAGAAAAGAAGUGUAAAUCGGAAGAGAAAGCAUCUGGGAUUGAUACACCAUAUACAGAGAUUGUAAGCGGUGACAAAGAUUGCAAGAAACGGAACAAGAAAUGCAAAAAGGCGGCGGUUGAAAAUGGGGAUGUUGAUCCUCAUGCAUAUUCAACAGAUGACAACCUUCUUGGAGACAGUGUGAAAGAGAAAAAGCAAAAGAGAGGAAAUAUGCCAGAGAAGGGUAAUAUGAAUAGUCAUGAAUAUUCAUCAGAUAGGCCUGACACACGGGAACUGAUAGUACGAGAGGAGGCGGAGAGCAAAGCUGCCAGGAAGGCAGCCAAAAAAGCGAAAAGAACUCGUGACAAACGUAGUCGGGAAAUGGAAAGCACCGUUUGUGAAGACAGUUUGCAGGACCUGAGCAGCAAAGAUAAGAUUAAAUUUCCUGAUCAGCUUGUGCCGGACGAGCAUGUCAAUGGUAAUCUACGCGGUCAAGAAACAAACCAUACUAGAAAAUCCAAGAAGAAAAAGUCCAAACACACAGCUUUGUGACAAAUUUCAUACAAUUUUAUUUUUUAAUCCAUUUGUGUUGCAUUAUUGGUGAAUAAGAAUAAUUUAGAAUACAAAUUGAUGGGACAAUAUCUAUCCAUGCGGAUGAACAAUUCAAUUUUUAUGGAAAGACAAAUGUGAUAAUCUAUAAAUUCCUUCCUGGAACUUUUUCGAAGAGAAGUGACUAGGAAAUUUCCUUAAUUUAUUUUUUGAAGAGCUUUCCUUAAACUGACAAAAUUAGUUGACAAAGACUGCAAUUAAAAGUCAAUUCUGAUUUUCAUACACAAAUUUGUAAGCAUUUUAAUGUACAUUUUUAAUGCAUUUUCAUGAUAGCACCUUCCAUCAUUAUGCCGAUUAAAAAUGCAGAACAAAUUGGUAAAUAUCAUGUUCAUGUCUUUAAAAGAAUUUUUUACUCUCCCUAUGUGGUUAUUUUGAAUAUUAAUUAAAGGAAUAUUUAUGUAUGAGAAAUUUA